GGAGAGAGCAGAAAAGAAUGAAAGAUUAAGAGACGGCUGGAUUUUUAAGUGCUUUUCUUGCUCCGUUUCUAAUCAUCAAGACGAACAGCAAGAAAAUGUCACAUUUUUCUCGGUUUUUUCGAUUGCCUUUGAGAUGUUUUCGUUUGAUUUUUGGACAACCGGGGAGGUGUUACCGGUGUUCGACGAUUUGAUAAUGUGAAUGCCUUUGGCUCGUUGCGGCUGCAGUUUGUCUUGUUCGAAUAAUUGCCGCAGUCCUCUGAGACGAGCAGAGUUUGGUGGUUUUCGCUUACACGCCACCUUUCGCUUGUCAUGCUAUCGUCCAAUCUUUUUCCGGCUUUCGGCUUCCUCCUGAUUGCGUUUUAUGGUCCAUCCUCUUGAUCUUGUUGUGUGUGCCGUCUCAUCUUCCUCAUGGCGGGUGAGACAUCAUGGGAGGAGUCUUACCCUGUCGCCUACUUCCAGAGUGAGGUUGCGGGCCUUAAGCCGACCUCCGAAGACAGCGAUGACCAAGAUGAAGAUGCGUUGAUCUCAUUGGACGCCGUUCUGCCCGAUGACCUCUUGGAGAAGGUCUUGUCCUUCUUGCCCAUCGCGAGCAUCGUCAGAGCGAGCUCAGUCUGCAGGCGGUGGUACGAAGCUGUGCAUUCCGGGAGGUGCUCGUGGACCAAGAUGUCGCCCCAGAAGCCAUGGUACUUCAUGUUCACCUGCAGCGACGACGCCGUCGCCGGCUACGCCUACGACCCGAGCCUCCGGAAAUGGUACGGCUUCGACUUCCCCUGCAUCGAGAGGAGCAACUGGUCGACCUCCUCCUCCUGCGGGUUGGUCUGCUUGAUGGACGGCGAGAACAGGAGCCGCGUCUUCGUCUGCAACCCGAUCACGCGGGACUGGAAGAGGCUGCACGACGCCCCCGGGGGGAAGGCCCCCGAUUACAGCGCGCUCGCCAUGUCGGUCGACCGGAGAACCCACGGCUACACGGUCGCCGUCGCCAAGUGCAAGCAGGUGCCUCAGGACUAUUACCAGUGGCAAUUCUCCAUCCACGUCUACGAGUCGAAGACCAGAGCGUGGCUCACCCCCUUCGCCGAAGUCUUGGUGGGCUGGCGGGGCGGAGACGAGUGCGUGAUCUGCAAUGGCGUCCUGUAUUACUUGAUCUACUCCACCGGCGUGCUCAGGAACGUCGAGCCGCGCCAUUGCCUGGUGAUGUACGACCUCUCGGCGCGGCCUGCCCGAACGUCCCUAAUGCGGACGGCGAUCCCUGUGCCAUGCUCUCUGACCUGCGGCAGGCUGAUGAACCUCAGAGACAGGCUAAUCAUGGUCGGCGGGAUCGGGAAGCCCGACCGACCGGGCAUCAUCAAGGGCAUCGGCAUCUGGGAGCUUCAGAGGAGGAGGGAAUGGCGGGAGGUGGCUCGAAUGCCGCACAAGUUCUUCCAGGGGUUCGGCGAAUUCGACGACGUCUUCGCGAGCAGCGGCGCGGACGAACUCAUCUACAUACAGAGCUUUGGAUCCCCUGCUCUGCUGACCUUCGACACGACCCAGAAGCUGUGGAGGUGGUCGACGAAAAGCCCCGUGACGAAGAGGUUUCCUCUGCAGCUCUUCACUGGCUUCAGCUUCGAGCCGAGGCUCGAGGUCGCUUCCUGAUUUCUGCUGCUCAUUGCUUUCUUUGCCUUUCCGUCUACAACUCGAAGCAAUCAUGCCAUAGUUUUUGUUUCACGUGUCUAAGAGAAUUACAUGGAAUGUUUAUAUGAUGGACAAGAACAUUCUUGCAAUGAUCAUGGAGAUUCUACAGAGUGUUAACCUUGUUUUGUUCAGCUUGUACAGUAUAGUUUAUUUUGGACUUUAAUGAUCUAUCCAUGGAACAGAGUGAUCCAACAAAGAUUUGCUUGUCUUC